GCCGCGGGGCAUUGUGGGACGGGGGCUCCAAAAUGGACAACGCUAGGGAUGCGCCAGGGAAAGCAAACCGGUGGUUUGGGGCUGCACAGUCCAAAUCAGCCAAGAAUAAUGCAAACAUUCUUCAGCAAGAGGAGCUGAUAGCACAGAAAAAGAGAGAGAUCGAGGCCCGGCUGGAGCAGCAGGCGAGGCAGAAUUCCCUGAGCAUCCAGCAGCUGCCCCUGUUCGGAGAAGAUGACGGUACUGACAACGAAGCCUGUGUUUCCAACAAGUUUGUUAAUGAUGGCAGUUUCCUCCAGCAGUUUCUCAAGCUGCAGAAGGAAAAGUCAAGUGCCGAACCUCCUCCAAGUUCUAAUAACUCGGCAAACGCUCCUGCACCAAAUGUGGGGAAGAAACCUAUGCUGUUUGGGAAGCGGCCCGGUCAGGUCCUGAGCAGCAUGCUGCACCAAGCGAAGAACUACUCCCAUUCCAAACAGAGCCCGGUUGUUAACCGCCUCAGUGUGUUUCAGUCGCCAGACGAAGAUGAGGAGGAAGAUUAUGAGCAGUGGUUGGAGAUUAAAGUUUUACCCCCAGAGGAUGCGGAGACCCGACAAGUGGUGGAAAAGCUGGCUAGGUUCGUGGCUGAAGGGGGACCAGAAUUAGAGAAGGUCGCUAUGGAAGACUACAAGGAUAACCCAGCUUUUUCGUUUUUGCAUGAUAAGAACAGCAGAGAAUUCCUUUACUACAGAAAGAAAGUGGCAGAGAUAAGAAAAGAGAAUCAAAGUUCUCAGGCAUCCUCUUCUCAGAAAGUUUCACCCCCAGACGACGAAGAGACAAAGAACUCUGCUGAGAAACUGGCCCGGUUCGUAGCAGACGGGGGUCCCGAGGUGGAAACUAUUGCCUUGCAGAACAACCGAGAGAACCCUGCUUUCAGGUUUUUAUAUGAGCCAAACAGCAAAGGCUACAAGUAUUACCGGCAGAAACUGGAGGAAUUUCGUAAGGCCAAAACCAGCACUGUCUGUGCCCCCUUGCCUGCAGAGUCCAGUCUGAAAAGGAAGACCAGUCCUGAGGCAUCGCCGUCACCUUUGUGCUUGUCGUCUCUGCCCUUGCCCAUUCCCUCGCCUUUGCCUCUGCCUCUACCCGUUCCCUCUCCUCUGCCCCUGCCCAUUCCCUCUCCUCUGCCCCUGCCCGUUCCCUCUCCUCUGCCUCUACCCCUUCCUUCGCCUUUGCCUCUACCCUUGCCCGUUCCCACGCCUCUACCCUUGCCUAUUCCAUCGCCUUUACCCAUGCCCGUUCCCUCGCCUGUGCCCAUUCCUGCUCCCUCAUGCUUGCCCUCGCCUUCCCCAUCAUCUUCCACAACUCCGCCUGAUCAGACAGCUCCAACGACUCCUGCAACAACAACAGCAACAUCAACAGCUACAGCCACAGCUCCAGGCACGACUAAAAAGAAGCGGAAGAGCAGGUGGGGGCCAGAAGAGGACAAGGUUGAAUUGCCCCUCCCACAGCUGGUCCAGCAGCUGGAUUCUCCCUCCCCUCUUUCAGUUCAGGACCUCAAGGGUCUUGGUUAUGACAAAGGGAAGCCGGUUGGUUUGGUGGGUGUGACAGAGCUCUCUGAAGCCCAGAAGAAGCAGCUGAAGGAGCAGCAGGAGAUGCAACAGAUGUACGAUAUGAUCAUGAAGCACAAGCGAGCCAUGCAGGAGAUGCAGAUGAUGUGGGAAAAGGCAAUUCAGCAACACCAACAUGGCUAUGACAGCGAUGAAGAGGUGGACAGUGAGCUGGGAACGUGGGAGCAUCAGCUUCGACGCAUGGAGAUGGACAAGACACGAGAGUGGGCCGAGCAGCUGACCCAGAUGGGCAGAGGAAAACACUUUAUUGGAGACUUCCUUCCGCCUGACGAGCUGGAGAAAUUCAUGGAGACGUUCAAGGCAUUGAAGGAAGGACGUGAGCCGGAUUAUUCUGAAUACAAAGAGUUCAAACUGACUGUGGAAAACAUAGGUUAUCAAAUGCUAAUGAAGAUGGGCUGGAAGGAAGGCGAGGGACUUGGCUCGGAUGGACAGGGGAUUAAAAACCCCGUCAGCAAGGGGACAACUGCUGUGGAUGGAGCUGGUUUUGGCAUUGACCGUCCUGCGGAGCUAACCAAGGAGGAUGAUGAGUACGAGGCGUUCCGUAAACGAAUGAUGCUUGCCUACCGCUUCCGACCAAAUCCAUUGAACAAUCCACGACGACCUUACUACUGAGAAUGUUUGGGGUUUUUUUUUUGGGGGACAAUGUCUUUUCAAAACAAUUGUAAUUUGACUGUGAAAUGUUAUGAAACUGCAUUAUCGUUCUCUUAUUUGCUAAUGUUGUAAAACUGAUUGAAGUCACAAUACCAUCACUCACCCAGAAGAAAGGCCCGCAAGCCCACUCGCUGCACGCUGGAGUCUCGUGACAACUGGGUGUUAAAAAGGCCUGGGUGGUGUUUGGAGAGGAGAACGGAGAAGGUGAGGAUGGGGGUCUUUCCACGGUGCCUGCUGACAGUGGAAUUGCAGCACCAAAGAUACCGGUAGGAAUAGUUGAGCGACUCCAUUCGUGGUGAGCUCAGCACUAUGUUACAAGGAAGGCACGUUUUGCCCACCAGCAGCUGCUCCGUUGUUCAGAAGUGCACUUUGUGCUGCUCUUGGGGGGGUGGUUGGUUUUUUUCAGUUGCAAAUACGACGCAGGGCUGUCUCUUCCCCAGCUUUAGGGGCUGUGGUUCAGUCAGGCUGUUAUUCCCUGAUGCUAUCCUAAAGCCUGACCUUCAGCUGUCAUUGAACACCAGUGCCUGGUGGUGGGGCAGAGGCAAAAGAGAAGACAAGGCAGUGUCAGCACGGCUGCGAGGGCCGAGGGGCGCAGGGAGAGCUCACUCAGCUCCAGAGGUCACAGCCUUGUUGUUUCUUGAACACUAAGUUCACCCCCAGCGUCCAAGUGAAAUGAGACUUGCAGACACCGUGGGGUGGGUGAUGAAGAACUGAGCCUUCAAACGCAGUUUGUCAAAGGCUGUUUGGUUUUGUAGUUGUAAGGAACCCCUCUACAAAUACAGAUUUUAAUCAUUCAGUCUGUAAAUUAAAUAAACCUCAUUUAUUCCUUAAUUUUAAUCACUGAAGCUUUGGGAAGAGCAGUCUAACUGUGGGUUGUCGUAGGCUGAGAGGCUGCUCUGGGUUUCUUCCCUUCCAGGCAUCUUUGAGAACACAAAGUGGGGUUGAUUGGUUUCUUUUACAUUUGUUUUCCCCUCAAUCCCAAUACUUGGCGUGCGAUUCUCUUUUGGUAACUUUUCUUAACAACGUGGAGUCAAGGACUUGGCUUUCAAUAAAAGCAUUUGAAAUGGUGAAUUCAGCAGGGCUUCAUUUGAGAAAAAACAAAAUGCGUGAGCACCUUGCAGACCCCUGGAGCUGGCGGUGCUGGCUCCUGGUGUACCAGCUCCGCGGGUGCGCUCCCUGCAGCUCUUACACCGGGAUGUUCCACGUGGGCUGGCGCAUCAUCAGGGAAGGUUGGGAAAUAAAGAUAAGAAAUCUGGCAGGUUUUCAGUGGAGCCAAGCUUCUGCCCUGGUGGUUCAGGUCACUGUGACAACCGUGCAUUCCUGGUGAGUCAGGACACCCCCUCUCUUCUCUUUCUCCCUGUCCUGGCAGCGCUGCUUGCCCUUGGAUCCUGGCUGGCACGAGCCAGAGCUGCUGGAUGAGCAGAGACUGAGGCACCGUAAGGCUGAGCCUGAGCUGCUAAUUUUCCUGCUGGCUUUUGUAGGAGUUGGGGCUUGUGGUGAUGCGAGAGAAAGCCUAGAGGCAUUUUCAGUCUUUAUUCCAAGCCUACAUAGUCUGACAUCCUUUCGGGACUGACUGUGCCCUGGUCACCUCUAAAGGAAAGGUGAGUGGGCAGAGUUUUGCGUCUUUGAAGCUGCUCUGGUACUACAGCCAUCCCUGUGCACCUCACUGAUGUGGCAGAAGUCAUUUUAGUCCUUUAUUUUGACAGUGGCUUUGGUCUUCCCGAGCCUCUUCUCUUAAUCAGGGUGUUGGUCAGUAGGUGCUUUGCUCUGCUCUGUUUUUCCUUACGGUGAUGUAAGUCCCACACUGUUCCCCGUGCCCUGCGGCGGAGAGCAGUGAGCAGGGGUCAGCGCUGCAGGAACCCACUUAGCACGCUCCUCUCCUUGCCAUCAUUAGCUACAAAGUGGGGUUUAGUCUGCAGAAACCAAAUCAAAUGAGUGACUGCUGCGCUGUCCCCAGAAGGUCACUGUUGGACUGUCAGAUCAGAGAGUGAAUUCCCAGUGCAAAUGCGGUGCCAGCCAGGGGUUGGUGUGAGCGCCCGGUGGCUGAGCCUGAGUGCCCGUGGUGAGCACGGCACAGGGAGGCCGUGAAAUCGCCCGUCUGGGACUUGUUUACCCGCAAGUGACUGCUCUGAGAGCUGGGAGACCAAAGUGAUGCUCGUAGAGGGUUUGGUGUUUUGGAAGAUCUAAAGUUUCCUGCUUCAAAUCACCCCCAAUUACCUGGUUUCAUCCCCCUUUUCUUUUUGAAAGGGUCUCAUGCUGCUUUUUGUGCGUCUCCCUGUACAAAUGGGGCUGGUGGGUGGUUUCUCGGUUGCAAAGCCCUGUCUCAUUACUGAGCCCUGGAGCCUGAACCUCCCUUGGUCUCAGGUGUGUUCCCUUCACCGUAGGCUCAACGGGCCCUGCCUAACGAGCUGUCCUCAUCAGCAACGAGCUGGCUCGUGACCUCAUUGCUGAUGAGGUGCGGUGGAGUUCCUCUGGUACAGAGAAACGGCGAACAAGCCCAGGGCAAAGUGCAGAGCAGCUGAUUCAGCCCCCGGACUCUGAAGCAAGAGGGCAAGAGAGUGACGCAGCGGCGCGAUUGCGAGGAAGGGGAAAGGUUGAGUGGCCGCGUUGGGGGUCCGCUAAGAACCGUGGAAGUUUCUAAGCGUGUGCCCAUUUCUGGACCGCUGAGCCGGGUCUCGGCCUGCGCCAGUGGGGAGAUCUGAAGAGAUGUGUCCUCUUGGCUCUAUUAAGUACUUAAGGUUUCCAAAAUGAAUUGGAAACAUAUCCCAACUGGUGCCUGAGCUUUCAAAGCCUCUUCUGGAGUGGUUUUAUCCUUCCCGUGCAGUCCUCAAGCACUGAGACCAGCACAGGCCCUUGUACAGAGCCACGCGUGCUCGGCUGCUGCCUGUUCCCCUCCUGGGACCCUCCGGCCUUCGUCUCGGUUGGGUCUGGUGCUUUAAGGGUGCUGCCUAUUCACCGGCAGCGGGGUCGAAGUCCGCAGAGGCUCCAGUAGUGACGGCCGGACCGGGGAUGAA